AUGACGUCGAUUGUUCAGGCCAGCAACCACGACAGGUCGGUGUCGCCACCGGUGUCAAUCGAGACGUUUGACCAUGAGGGCAGGGUGGAGGAUUACCUGCGCAGGGACCACCUGGAGAAGCUCAUGGACGAGUUCCAGAACCCAAAGUUCAAAGACAUGGGCUUGGACAUGGACUCGUUCUGCAACGUGAUGCACAAGUACAUCAGCAAGGACGUCAUCUCAAGGGAGCAGCUGGCCCUGCUCUUCAUGAAGAUCGAUACCAGCUGCGACGGCAACGUUGACUGGGACGAGCUAUGCACCUACAUGCUGGUGGCGUACGAGGAGAAGGACGACGACCCGGCGUCAGAGGCGCAGCGCUUGCACAUCCACGAGACGGUGCCCAUCACCAGAGUAAACCUUCCCGCGCGCAUUCCCAUUGCCUGCGUCACCCACCACAUGCCGACCCAACGCAACGCCCACAGCUCGUACCGCUUCAUCUCCAUCACGGAGGACGGCGUCAUCUCCAUGCACCGGUCCGAUCUCAAGCCCAUCAAGACCACACACCUCAGUCUGCCCCAGCGCAAGGUGCAGGCCGUGAGCGCCGUCGUGCUCACGCCAUUUGGCAAGGUUGCCGUCUCCUUCUCCGACCGCACACUCAGGUUCUACGACCUCCCCUGCACGGUCUCUGAGGAGCUGUGCCAGAUCACGGGGUUCAGCCACACCAUCAUGUGCAUGGCCUUCCACGAGAGCGAGACAACGGACACGCUGCUCAUGGGCGACAUGGGCGGGCGCGUGCACGUGCUGCAGUUCCGCGAGCACCGCUUCCACCUUCUGAGUGCAACGGAUGCGCGCGACUUUCGACACGACAUUCCGCUCAGCCGGCUGUCCCCAGACUACUACUGGUCCGAACAGGUGCACUCGGACUGGGUGGAGGGCAUCUCGGGCUACUCUGCGCCAGGCACCUUCAUCUCCUGCAGCGCAACAACACCAGAUGCCAUGGUGGUGUUUGACUCGGAUGCACGCAAGUUCAACAUCCCAAAGGGCGUGCGCGCGUUUGACUUCUCCAAACAGUCCAACGUGCUGGUAUCUGGGGGCGUGGACGGCAAGCUGCGGCUGUGGAACCCGCACGUCAACCACCGCGCCAACGCCAUCCUCGAAGGGCACAAGGCAAGCAUCCUCACACUGGCCAUCCAGACAAAGAGCAGCAUCGACACGCACAGCCGGCCUGCCCACCAGUUCCUCAUCUCCCUCUCUGCGGACGCCGUCGUCAAGCUGUGGUCGCUGUACACGCACGCUUGCAUUCUCAGCCUGUCCGCGUCGCAUGUCAACCCGGGUGGCCACCCAAUCACAGCGUGCCUGUACGACAGCGGCACCUCGAGUGUCGUGUAUGCGUCAGACCAGCUGCACACGGCGUACCUCGGGCGCGAGCUCCUGUCCACCUCUGGCGAGACGCAGACGCAUAGCCAGCCGCUGACAGAUGUCGGGUACAACCCGCUCUUCAGCCAGGUGGUGACGGCGUGCCGCGAGUCCAUGAUCAACGUGUGGAACCUCAACACGGGCGAGCGGCUGCUCAAGUUUGGGCCCGCGCACGCGAGCGCGGAGGUGACCAAGCUCAACUUUGACCACUCGCAGCGGCGGCUGCUAACAGCGGCGUCUGACGGCACCAUCAAGCUGUGGAACUUCAACGUCGGGCUCGCGCUCAUGAAGCUGCAGACCGACCUGCGGGUGGAGGUGCAAACCAUGUUGGAGAUGCAGGACGGGCGCGUCGUGUCUGGAGGGUGGGACCGCACCAUCAACAUCUUCUCGCAGUGUGACGGCUCCGACUAUUACGUGCACGCGGACCAGAGCGCCAUUGGGAGGGGACACACGGCGGACGUGACCAGCAUUGUGGAGCUGCGGCCCAUGUACAUUGCAUCAUGCUCCAUCAACGGCGAGAUCUUCACCUGGAAAGUCCUCGACCGCGUCCUCGCCACGCGACAGCACUCUCUCAGACGGCAAGUACCGCGCUGCUCGGUGCUCGGCAUGGUGGCGUGGAGGCACGCGCUCCAGACACCAGGCGCACAAGGAGCGCAGCACGUUGUGCUGUGGGGCUCUGGCGGGGGCGCUGGGUGCGUGUGGCUGUUCAACACCAACACGGGCCGCAUGCUGUGCGAGCUGCACGUGAGCAGGUACACGGUGAACGACGUGGAGGUGUGCGGCAGUGGCGAGCGCAUGGUGACGGCGGAUGCUGCUGGCACGGUAAAGGUGUGGUCGUGCGCGGCGUGGCGCGAGGAUGUGGACGCCGGCAGCAGCGCUGGUGAACCGAUAUUGCAAACAAAGUGGAUGGCGCACGUGCAGGCCAUCACACGCAUCAGCCUCGCAACCACAAAGGCGGAGUCGCCCGCCACGGAAGGGAACGACACCGACGGCAUGACGCGUGUUGUGUUGACGGCCAGCGAGGACUGCACAUGCCGUGUGUGGACAAUCCAUGGCGAAUACAUCGGGACGCUCGGACAGGCGCGCAAGUGGAACGUUCACGACCCUUCAACAUACAGGCAGCAGAAACCAGCAGACGUGGCCGAGCUGCUACACCGGCAGAAGCAGCAGCAGCUGCAGGAGACGAUGCGCCGGCGGUCGCGAGCGUCGAUGGAGAUUGACCGGGAGCUGGCCCAGCAGACGAGCUCGUUCCUCUUCCGCUCCCUGCACCAGGCAGGCCGCAUCCCGCCCAGGAUCGCCGAGGAGGGCGAGGGCGAGGCGGAGGCAGGAUAUUCCCACCACCACCACCACCAGCAACAACAACAACAGCAGCAGCAGCAGCAGCAAGAACGGCAAGAGGGAGCGACACCGUCAGCAUCGGCACUGCUCUCAACCGCGACGAGCGUGCAGUCAACGGCGCAUUCAGACACGUCAUCGCUGCUGGCGGCUGCGGCGCACAGGCGGCGCAAGUCAACAACAGAGCGGCUGGCGCACCGGGUGACCAUCCACCAGCGACGGCUCGGGACGAUGGAGAAGCUGCAGCAGCAGAGCGACCUUGGGUACCGCAGCCUGGAGUGCAGUCAGAUGCAGAGCAUCAAGAUGGCGGACCUGCCACGGCCCAAACGAUACAGCUUCAUGGACUGAUGGCAGAGAUAGGCGGAGGAGGAGAGGCGGGGGGAAAGGGGUUGUCAGGGAAGCAAGGGGUAAGGUUGCGACCAGAUUGUUCGUUUGAAGCGAGAGAGAGAGUGUGUGUGUGUGCGCGUGCGUGUGAGUGAGUGUACGUGAGUACGCGUGCUUGUGUACAUGUGUGUCGAGGAGUGUGUAUGUGUGUGUGUGUGUGUGUGUACGUGAGUACGCGUGCGUGUGUACAUGUGUGUUGAGGAGUGUGUAUGUAUGUGCGUGCGAGUGAGUCGGUGGCGGAGUGCCUGGUUCAGUUGGAAAGAGGGCUUGUAAGUUUAUUGCGCAUGUGCAUUCAACGAUGAUGUGUGCGGGUGUCACUAUGUAGUCGUCAGCCAAGAAGAGAUAAACGUGCACAGACAACAGA